GAACUUGGUGAUGCUCCAGAGUACAGCGCCAAGGCUUGGACCUCAGUCAAGUACACCCUGGGACUGUCAUUUCCUAACCUUCCUUAUUACAUUGAUGGGGAUACGAAGAUCAGUCAGAGUAAUGCAAUACUUCGUCAUAUAGCAAGGAAACAUGAUUUGUGUGGCACAUCUGAAGAAGAGAAAGUAAUGGUGGAUGUUGCAGAAAACCAGCUCAUGGAUUUCCGCAAAAAGUUUACUGGAUUGUGUUAUAAUCAGAACUUUGAAACAUUGAAAGAGAACUACCUUAAUGAUGUCAAGCCUAUAAUUAAACAAUUUGCUGAAUUUUUGGGAGAAAAGAAAUUUAUAACUGGAGAUAAGAUAACGUUUGUUGAUUUUAUCCUGUAUGAAAUAAUGGAUGAACACCAAAUUUUCGAUAGUACUUUGUUGGAGCCACACAAAAACCUUAAGGAUUUCUUGAAACGCAUUGAGGAACUACCUACCAUUGCGGCCUAUCUCAAGUCAGACAGGUUUAAACCUCGUCCUAUUAACAACAAGAUGGCAAAAUUCAAGUAACUUGCGGUGAAAAGCGGGAUGAAAACCAAGCUUUCUGCCCUUUUAGCUUAGUUAUGUAGAUUUGUAUUGGUGAGAAAUAAAGUUAUCGUAGUCUGCACACAAGACUAACUGA